GAGAACCGGUAUAUAUAAUAACCUUGCUGUCUAGCACCAUAACCUUCUUUCAGGGCCUUUUUUCGAAGCUCUAUGCACUUGCUUUGGGAAUUCCCCUUAUAACUAGAGUGAUCUUUUGAGUGAGCAUAGUGAACUCCAAAAGACCUAAAAAGGGAAGAGAGCAACAAGGAGGAAAAGGGCUUGCAACUUGUGCAUGGUAUCAAGUAUAUCAACAUAUAUAUCGCAUCUUAUUACAUUGUAAAAAGUGAAAGGUGUAUCAAGCUUGAUAGGGUAGCUAGCUAAUUAGCUUGAUUACUUUUGUUUAGGGAUCUUCAAGUUUUAAGAUAACUAUGGAUUUUGCCAGUUUUCAUCUUCAGCAUCAGCUCCAAGAAGAAUCUGCUCAGUGUUUAAUAACUUCAUCAACCCCACCACAUGAUUCUAAACCUUCCACUGAUAUCACUAGUCAAUCAUGGAUCCCAAGCAACAUGUUCAAUGGUUGUAACAGUGGAUUUCCAACCGAAAACUUUACAAAUUCAAGAGAGCUACAACACAAGCACGCCACAACUGAUUCAUCACUAAGAAUUUCAACAAGGCAAGCCUUUAGUUUUCACCAUGGAAAAAGCCUCACUCAACAGCCAGAUAGUGAUCUCGUUCCAGCAAGAAUCAAAGGUGAAAUGAUCAACACUAUGGAGGAAUCAUCACUAGUCCCUAUUCAUGAACCACGAUAUUCUCCUAGUUUCUUAUCUAGUCUUCGUGUAACCGGUGAAGAGUUUUUUCUUGCGGAGAAUAAUGCAUAUCAUGAUGACAAGCCUAUAGAUGGAGGGACCCUAAGCAAGAGAUACAAUAACUUUGGCGAUGUUUCCUUGAAUUGGAAUUUACCAACCCUAGAUAUGACCUCUUCCUUAGUUUCAUGUUCUUUGGGAUUAAAUCCUAAAAUGUUAGAUCUGCAUACAAGUAAUCAUGCUCUUCAACCUUGCUAUAAUACUUUUGGUCUUAACGAGAGCAUGUCUUUGAGCUAUGGUGACAUGCAUGGCCGCGAAAAUAGUUCAUCAAACAGCUCAAAUAAAAUUUCAUCAUUUACAAGAGAAGUUGCAAUGACGAAAAGGCCCGGCAAUUGUUCUCUACCAAAAGAAUCUGAAGCAAAAGCUAAGAAGUCAAGGCCAUCUUGUCCGCCCCUAAAGCAGGUCAGAAAGGAAAAAUUGGGGGAUAGAAUUCAAACUCUCCAGAGAUUGGUGGCACCUUUCGGGAAGACCAGCACAGCCUCUGUCUUGAGUGAAGCCAUUGGUUACAUCCACUUCCUUCAUCAACAAGUCCAGACUUUGAGCAUUCCUUACAUGAAAUCCGUGCAAACCAAGCCCUCUAGAAUGGUGCAGCUGGAUUCAAAUAGCAGAGAAUUAAAGCCAGACCUUAGAAGCAGAGGCUUGUGUCUUGUUCCCCUUUCUUACGCAUCAUUUGUUCAUCGCUGUGUUUAGCCAUUUUCAUAUAUAGUUGUUAUAUUAGAUACCUGAGAUAACCCAAAAAGUUGAAUCAAAAAGUUCUAUGGUGUGCUUGUUUUA